AUCAAUUCUGAAAAACAGCUUCACCUGACAUAAAACCAUUUUUCUAGAUUACAUCAACAACAAGAGAAAGAAAAUGAAGUCUGAUUCCUGUCUGGUUUCCUCCGUGACACAAUGUGAACAAUGACAAAAUGAUAUGCUGUUCGUGUGUGGGAUUGAAAAUUGUCUGUGUUAAUGAAAACUACAUUUAAACCUACAUUUACCCAAAUUACAGAUACAAAAAAAAGUUUUUAUACAACAAAUCUGCCACACAUCCUACAUUUAGGUUCAAGAUUAUAAUGUAUAUUAUGAUAUCAAUUGUAUCACAAUAUGAAAAUGUAUGUUGACAUUGUCAAAGUAGUGUUAAUUCACCCAUAGGUUUAUUAAGUUGUUGUUAGGUUUUUAGCCUACAUGUAUUUACCAUGUUCAACUAUUUUUGGUAUAAAAGCUGUUAGAUGGACUUAUGGACCGAUGGAAGGACUCCAAGAUACAACUCUACCAGUAAGUCGCUCUUAAUAAUCUCUCUGUUUGUGUUCUCGCCCUACUUUCACCACUUGCAACAGGUGUGCUUUCUCACAACGUUGGCAGAUCACCAUGCACCUGCCACAUCUGACCUUGAAUACACACAUAAAUGGCUGAUCCAGUGUACAGCUAUGCCACAGACAGCAAACAGACGACGAUCAUUUCCAAACAAGAUGAAGGCUUCCUUGGUCUUCUUACUGGUAGUCUGCUCUCUUUGCAGGACUGAAGCUGAAGGAGGUUAAAAUGAGCUGGUGCUUCAGACUGACGUCUGGGCUGAGCUGAGGGCUUUGAGAGACAUGGUGGUGGAGCAGAAAGUAGAGCUGAGGCACCUGAAGUCCAGAGUAACCGCUGCUGAGAGCCUGGUGGACGCCUUGGAGAAGGAGAAUACAGCCAUGGAGGCCAGGAUGACUGCUGCUGAAAGCUUGGCAGAGGAACUGCAGAUGGAAAAUGACGCUCAAGCUACAGAGCUUGCAGUUGCUCAGCUGGAGCUCAGCAGUCUGCAGAUAAGACUGACAGUCAGUGAGGAACGUGUGGAGGAGCUGGAGAAACAACAGGAAGUUCAAGCUACAGAGCUUGCAGUCGCUCAGCAGGAGCUCAGCACUCUGGAGCUAAGACUCACCGUCAGUGAGGGCCUCAUCAUGGAGCUGGAGCAACAGCAGGAAGGACAAGAGAUGGACAUACAGGAACUUCAAAAUACUAACAUAGUGAGGAAACUGGCCUUUUCUGCCUCCCUUCUGACAUCUGGUCAGGGUAACACAGAGAAAGAAGAUGCUCCACUCCUCUACAAAAAUGUAUUUACGAACAUUGGAAACCACUACAACCUAGACACAGGUUACUUCACUGCACCAGCAAGAGGAGUGUAUUACUUCAGAUUUACUGGCCAUCUAGCACACUCUGACAUAUCUAUGAUAAUGAAAAUGUUCAUGAACGAGGAUCUUAUAGUUACCUCAGGUCACCAUAACUAUGGGUCAAAUUAUGCUGAUGUAUCCAAUGGUGUAGUGUUGCAGUUAGAAGUGGGAGAUGUUGUUUCAGUACAACUUAGGGGAAAGGUUUGGGACGACCAUUACCACAGAACAACCUUCAGUGGCUUUCUGCUCUUUUCUUUAUAAGACACAAUGCAAACAUGAGAGUUAAUGCAGGGCCUAAAUUGUGUUAUUUCACCAAAUAACAAAUGUGUGUCUUAGUAACAAUACAAAGUGCAUAAAAUAAUAAAUAAAUCAAGUUUGAUGAGCUGUGGUCCCCCAUUGUUUAUGUAUUGUUUGUUUUUGGUUAGUCAUUUGCCAGCCGAACAGUCUCUCAAUGUUUGCUGUAGUCUGAGAUCAUAGGAUUAUGCCAUGUUUUCGCCUUAAAUAGAUCAAGCUGUUAGAGCAUGUGAAGAUGAUUCAGUCAUAAGUCAUUGGGCAUUAAAAGCUCCCCU